AUGGCGGGAGAAGGGCAAACAGGAGAGCAGCUCCUGAUGAGGCUGCUGCAGACGCAGCAGGAGCAGAUGGGACAACUCCAGAGACUGCUAGAGCAGAACCAGAGGCCACGCGGAACCGUGGUGGAUACAAAGGCUAUUGGCCGACCUGAGAAAUUGGGAGGAACACUGGAGGAAGCCUCGCGUGCAUGGCGCCAGUGGAACUACCGGCUGGAGCUUUGGCUCACGAGCCAGUUUCCGGAAACCCGGGCAAUCCUGACUUGGGCUCGGACCCAAGAUGAGGAAAUCGCCGUUGCCAGGCUGAGGGAACAGCUGGUGGAUGGAGUGACUACGGAAAAGGUUCAGGAGUUCAAUAGACAACUGGAGGUAGUCCUGGGUACUUUGACUAUGGACACCCCAGGGGAUAUCACGAUGAACUCGAGCGCAGGAUCCGGACUGGACAUGUACCGGCGGCUCCAUGGGAGAUUGGAUCCGACUGACAUGGUCACGAGCUUUAGGUGGUUGCGGCAGCUCAUGUCGACGAAGCCAGUUGCAGAAGUGAGCGACUUGAUCGCUGCAGUGGAGAGAUGGGAGGACCAGCAUCGGAGGUAUGCUGCCCGUCGGGACUGCACGGCGCUGACCGAGCGCCAGAAGAUGGUUUCGUUGUUGGGAAUGGUUCCCGCGGAGUUGCAGUCACACCUGGAGCUCAACCUUCCACGGCUCAACUCGUACGACCUUCUACGGAGGGAAAUCGUGACUUUCGCCGAGAACCGCCGGGCAUUCACUGUGGAUGACUCCGGCGCAAUGCCUAUGGAUAUCGACUACGCCAAGGGGAAGGGAAAAGGAAAGGACAAGGAGACCCGUAAGUGCCACAAGUGUGGCAAAGAGGCAGAGGUAGUGCAGGGAAACCGCCGAAGGGUAAGGCUCAAGGUAGGGGCCGCGGCGGGGAAAGGCAAGGGCGGACACGCCCGCGAGCUAGACGGCGAAGAGGAGGAGCCAGACGGCGAGGAACCCGAGCAGGAGGAGGACUACGAAGCCGAGGUGGGCUUCAUAGGAAUGCUCGAAGGCGAAGGAGAGGACCCGGGAAGGGGAGACGAGACGCCAAAGAAGCCGGAAAGAAAGGAAAAGAAAGAAAAGAAGAAGGAAAAAGAGGAAAAGAAAAGGAAGAGCCCAGAGGGCGACGACGAAGACUGGGGAACCUGGCGUUCCGACCCCAGUGCUUCUGGCGCGGGAUCGUCUCGAGACCCGCCAGAAGGGGGCAAGGCACGAGCAAGUGCCAAAGCCAAGGCAGCUGGCGGCACUUCCUCCAUGACGGGGGUUGGGCUGCGGCUCCUCGAGGGCAACCUGGUGUCCGAGCUGCAGGCUCGCCAGGCCGAGCUCAACAGGGCCCUGGCUAGUGCCGAAGGUGACGAGGAAAGGGCCAACCUAGAAGCCCAGCUCGAGGAAGUCACCCGGCAGCUGAAGGAGCUUGUGGCUAAGAGGAGGGCUGCCAGGAAGGAGCUUAGCCGCCAGCGAGCGGCGAAGCACAGGCAAGCCUCCCGCGAAGGGAGGGCUCGCGAAAGGGUUGCGCUGGACGAAGAGUGGCAGAAGAGGUACAACAAGCCGCUUAAGAAAGACGACGGCAAGAAGGCAUCCUACCCGCUGAUGCCGGAGAACACCGAUCGAGAGGCAAGACCCUUGAGCAAGCGAGCUAGGGAAAACCUUCGCCAAGAAGGUGCUGGGGACGGCGCCCCGGAGGAGCACGUUAGGAGUUGGCGAGAAAAGCCCAAGACUCCUGGGGAACGUGCGGGCAAGCGCCGCAGGGAAGCGGCCAGGAAGAAAAGAAAGGAGGAAGCUGCGAGCGGCAGUGCGGGACCCGUUUCGGGAACCGCAAGGGCCAAGGCCGCAGCCAAGCCAGAGGCUAAGCCCAAGGCAAAGCCUGUGCCCAAGGAGCCGCUUGGGCCACCACCUGCAAAGGGCAAGAAGGAAGUGAAGGGCACCGACCGGCCUGCUGAGCCGGCUAUCCGGACGGCGCCGUGGCGUAACGACGGCAAGUUGCCCGGGGAGCAGGGGAAGAAAGGGUGGAAAAGAGAGCGGCAAGAAGGGCAGUGGUGGGACACCGUCUCGGGCCCGAUGGGCCGAAGCAAGCUUCUUGGGGCGGCGUUGGCUGGGGCGCUGCAAGCCAAGAGAAUGCCCAAGGAGAAGAUCAUCCGGAGGAGCCAGGUGAAUCGCCUGGUGGAAGCCCACAAGGGCACAGACCGCUUUGCGAAGCGGCAGGGGCUGAGGAGAGCCCUGGUGAAGAAGCUCCCGAAAGGGACGGUCGGCGUCGUUGCCGAGCGCAGGCUGCUGGACAGCGACUGCGAGAGUUGCACCUCUCGACGAGGAAAGGCCACGAAGGCCGCAGCAGCUGCCUACGCCAAGAGUCUUCUCCAGAAGAGGGAGAGGAUGAAGCAUCUGCCCCUCCUUUCGGAGGACGAAGGCGAAGAUGAAGAAGUGGAGGUCGAGGUGGAAGAGGAAGACCCCGACGCAGACCACGUGCCACUGGGGGGAAGAGGUCCAGAGGACCCACCCGACGGAGAAGGCGGCCUGGAGGGCCGGGUGAUCCUGGACAGCGGUGCAAGCCACAACGUGCUGCCAGACAAAGUGUACCAGAAGCUCUUCGAGGAAGGGAGGGCCACAGCCUUGAAGGAGGUGAGUUCGCCACUUAAGUUUUCCACGGCAAGCGGGGAGAGUCUGCCCAACCUGGGCACAACGGAGUUGCUUCUGAGUGGCCCGUCUUCGGAUGGGAGGGCCACCAGGUGCAGAUGCAUCUUCAACGUGGCAGCUGUGCAGCGCUGCCUCCUCUCCACUGGUCGUGCGAUGGACCGUGGCAACGCCUUGGUCUUUGCAGGUAAGGAGGCCACGCUGUACCUCCCGAAUGGGAGUUCUUUGGUCUUCCCGGUGCGCGGGAGCCCUCGCGCGUCGUUCCGUGUGCUUCCGGUGCACUCGCACCCUCCACGGCUGCUGCCUACGUACAGCGUAAGCCCGGCUACCAAAGGCUUCAAGCCAACAAAGAGCUUUUUAAGGGCCCUGGAAGGGCUAAGCAUCCCUGAGGGAUGCGCUUCGCUGCAAAACUUGUUGGGAAAGGACCUUGAAGGAAAGGAGAGGAAGGAAAAGAAGGAAGGAGGAGAAGAAAGAAGGGCGGCAGGCGCCGCAGCUGAGUACUACAACCUCUUUCCGGAGCCGGAGGUGUUCCCGAUCCACUCUGACGGUGAAGAAGACGAGGCCCGACCGUUUGGGGAUGGUGAGCCACGCCAGGCGGAGCCCGCUUCGGGAUCCGCCCAGCCAGGAGGCGACGAAGCACAGCGUGCGAAGCCACUUCGAGCACCGCCUGUGCCCACGCCUCAAAUGGUUGCUGAGCACGAGGUGACACAUAUCCCUUACCGAUCGUGGUGCCCAGCAUGUGUAGCUGGACGGGGGCGAGCCUACUCGCACCACCACGAGGGCCGAGACUCCACAGUGCCUGUGGUAUCAGCUGACUACCUGUACUUCUCCGAGAAGGGAGUACCGGGAAAGAGCCUGCCAACAGUUGUCUUGAGGGACCGUGCCUCAAAGGCCAUCUUCUCGCAUCUGCUGCCAACUAAAGGGACGGUUGGUUCGACCUAUCCUGAAAAGGCGGUGCUUCGAGAUUUGAACUGGCUGGGGUACAAGCGCUUGGUUCUGAAGACGGACCAAGAGAACGCGAUCAAGGCAUUGGGGGCAGCUGUGAAGGCUGGUUUUCCAGAGGACUGA